UUUUUUCCAUUCCGUCUCGGCGGCGAAUGAAAGUCCCCUCAUUGCCGGUCGUGCACGCGCCGCCGGCCACGCUGACGCUUUUGCCGCGCACCGGACCGGUCGCCUGCAGCGAGCGAACUUCGUGCGCGGCCCCCGAGCAGCGGCGCGCGAGAGUGCACCGCGAAAGGUUGCAGCGACGUGCCGCCGGACCGCUGGCGGGAGGAACGGUUGUCCCCCCUCUUGGCUCGACUCUUCACAGUGUGUGCUUGUGGGCGGGUGCCCGUCGGUGAACGUGCGCGUCCGACCGCAGCCUGAAGGCACUCGCUUUUGACAUCUAAUCGCCAGCCACGAGUGUGCACCAAGAACCUGGAUUCAGUGGAAGUCGUAGCCGUUAGCAACGCCACUGCUCACGUCGCUGCAAGCCCGAGGAGAGGACACUGCCGCUGGAGAGGCCAAUGACCAACACUGCCAGCAACCUGUAGGUUGGACGUGUGUGUGUCAGGGCAACUUGUUCCGUUGACUGGGUCUGCCGUGUGGGCAAGUGGUGACUGCAAAUGUGCGUUUGGGCCCUCGGCUAGCCCCGGUGCCAGGUUCCGACCACUAUACUGCGCACUUGGAAACGAAGUCGUCAGUACACGAGUUGCCUCUGAGGCUAAGGAGCUGGAGGGUUCCGCCCGCUGUCAUCGAGUGGCGCAAAGAAGCUAAGAUUGACGCACGAAGUCCUUUCGCCUUUACGCGCGUGCUGUCGGAACUCCCCCAAAAGAUCGGUACAAUUUGCGUACACGACGGACCCCGGCGAAGCAGUGAUUGAUCGAUGGACACGCAUCAGUGCGCGUAAGUUGUCAUCGCUCCCGGACGAAGGAAAAAUAGAAGCGCCACGUGACAGCGGCGGCUACUGUUGUGGCAUGGUCGUGGUUUGACAGACCGCUGGCACCGCUCCCAGCGCGGCGGCUACAGGCGCGCCGUCAACGUGUAUCGCGCCAACGAGGGACACCGGCGAUUUUCACCCGGCGGCCGCUGGAUUUGGCGCCCAACCGAAACCGCCGUCCUCACCCCUUUCGACUUUCCGGGAAGGAUCGAGGUCUGAUUGCGUCGAAAUUCAAAGCAACCGUAAUGCGGUCGGCCUCCAAGCAUAACCUCCGGCAGAACGGACCGUCGUUUUCUUGGACAAAGCCAUGCUGAAACUGCUGCUCAAUCACUGGCAAGAGUCGUACCACAAGGCUCCGACCAGGGUUACCAGCGAGGACCCGUUGCUCUGCACGGACCUCGCCAAGACUCGACCGAACGAGGAGUUCCUCGUGUCUAGGGUGAACCCGGUCUUCGUAGACUCUAGCAGCGACGUUUCACCAAGCAGCACAAUCAACAAACCAUCGACGUCCACCAAGACUACUGCUGACGUCCACAGCUCGCAGGACGGCGAUAACGAAGCCCCGUCGACGUCCACGGAGCCUCCGAAACCGCCUGAUCCACUGAGAGGGGCCGCUGAAUCAGCUUCCACGUCAGCUGUUGCAGAAACGAAUUCUAACUCCGAAGCUUCUUCGAAGAUAGACGCGACAGAUUCCGAAGUUGUAGUGACAGCUGACAGUGAUCAAAAGCCGAGCGAGUCGCAGCCUUCGGAAGGCGACUCACCAAAGGACUCACUGGAGACUGACAGGUCCUCUUCACCGAAGCCCUUGGUGGAGCUUCGCGGGUGGCAAGAGAACAAGCCGGAGGACAGAGUGCUCGACCGCUUGAGGAGUUCGGGAAGGGCGUCACUCAUCACGAAGGAAAAACUCAACCUUGUAGAGAAAGUGAUCGCCGAGAGACUCGGUAGGAGGAUUCCGGAGCCCGGCAUACGUAAGACGAUCGAACUCCUCAGGAACGAGUCAGCACCACCGUCCCCGCAACAGACGCUUCUACCAGCUGCAAAGAGAGACCAGGUCGAGGCAGCCCCUGAGCAACCUUCCACGUCAGCAGCGCCUCCGGAACCGUCUCCUACAAGUAGCGGUGACAGGCAGGAAAGUCCCGUGCCAUCUGUGACACCUCCGCCGCAGGCUUCAACGGAGGAGAUAGCGUCUGUUGUCGACGGCAGCGUCCAAGCCGAAGCAAGCAAGACACCCGAAGCCCCUUCUGAAGCGGGAUCCUCAGUGGCGUCAGCGUCUGCGCCCAAGGACGAGAGCUCGGAAACAGUCAGCAUGCCCAAAAUCGAGGACGCCCACUCAGACUCCAUGACGGAUUCGUCCAACAGCAAAAAGGAGGAACGCAAGACCGGCAAGUCUUCCGGUCCGUCCACAUCGGAGGACAGCGGCAUCACGCGAGGCGACCAAGUCUACUCGGAAUCGGGCCGACGCAAGGUUUCGACAAAGUCUGACUCCUCGGACCAGAGCAGCUCCGAGGAUAGUAGAGGAAAGCGCCACCGCCGAAUUAAGAAGGACUCGUCCCGGGAUAGCACGAAGAAGCGCCACAAGUCGGCCUACAAGUCUCGCUGCAGCUUCUGCAGCAAGACAGCCAAGAGGUCCCACCAGAAGAAUGGCCGCAAGCACAAGCACCGGAGCGUGACCGAGUCCGGCCUCGUGUCAGGCUCCGGCUCGCUGUCGGACCUGGCCUUCGAGCACCCGUGGCUGAGCGACAGCUGCACCGCCCUUUGCCGCCAGAAGCGGUCCUCCAUCACGUGCAUGGAGAGCUGCAGGGACUACCCCUGCGAGGACUUCCACAACGCCGUUUACAGGUAUCCCGGGGGCCACAUUGGCUGCGAAGGCUGCAGCUGCAUCCGGGCUCCGUUCCCCGAGUGCUGCCGCUGGGGCGACGUUCCCCGCAGCCGCUACUCGUGGAACGGCAGCGAGGCGGCGGCCGUGGCGGCGGCUGGCGGACACCCCCUGUGCGCUUGUCGCAGGGCGCACCCCGUGUUCUCGUCCAGGAGGAAAGUCAAGUUUGCCCACAAGUCCAAGGACUCUGUGCAGCAGAAGACUGAGUUGAACGAAGACGAGGAAGAUGCUGAUCAGGAAUCCGGCGAGGGCAACCCCGACUCCGCCACCAAGUCCGACCAAGGGAGCUUCGGCGAAGUGCCCGCCAAGGAGCCCCCAUCCAACGGCCACAUUCUGGCUGAAAAUGGCUUGCUGGAAAAGCAGCAGGGGCCACCGGGACCUCCGUACGCCUGGGAGGAAUGGCGGCGAUACAUGCGGGAAAAGACUCUUCGCUCGCGCCGCAAGAGGGCGCUCUGCAUGGGCGUCAUCGCGCUGUCCAUCAUACUGUUCGUGGGCAUCUCAGUAUCCCUGGGCCUCGCAUACUUGCGCAGGAAGUUCUGAAGCACCGCCAGUGCGCAGAAUCCGGACCAGUCGAGGGAUAUACAUGGCCGCUGCGCUGGCGUUUCUGCGGAGCACGUCCCCUCAGUUCGACCGCGGCGCUUACGGCCAAGCCCAUCGUGGUACACGAGUUCAAUGCACAGCAUUUAUGCUCUUCCAUAAGGUGGAAGUAAAAGACAACGCGGGAAAAUGUUUGAGAUAGCAAGAUGACAGUACUUAAGAUCGCAUGUCAUCCGCAGGUUCCGGCUCAUCGAGCGUACUGAAUCGGCUUGAUGCACAGCACGUCAAGAGCUGGACUUCCACAAUCUAUCAAUAACGUAUCGCGGAUGAAAUUGUGAGCCUAUCUUGAUUGGUUUCCUUGUUAUAGUUUCGUGUAGAAAUUAGUCAAAUUGAUUACUGAGCACUGCGCUUACUGGCUGUCACUUUGAUUCCAAAAGCCUAGAAACGCUUUUAAUUUCCGAAUUUUUAGGCAUAAAAAUCUAACGCUGCUCUUUACAAGUCUCGAUGUGCGAGUAGUCUAUUUGGAAUGUGCAAAGCACACCCGCUUAUUUGCUCUGCGCGAGAGAUACAGACACACUUUGCCAACAAGAGAAUCUGGAUGUAAUACCUUGUAGGGAGCCUUGUAAUACCAUUACCAGAAAUGCACCGCAACACAAGCAGCUACUGCCUAGGAUUGUAACAGUGUGCAACCCCGCUAGCCGCAAAAUUAGGUUAACGUACUGUCUAAUCACAGAAAGAAUCCGCGACGAUGGCAGUGUUCUCGGCCAAUCGUGCAUCCUGCCAAACGACGAGGGAGCAAGGACUCAUCGCGGAGACGCAAGCAACGUGCGCCUCGACCCCAAUACGCGCGGUCUCCGAGGUCGUCGGACUGCGCGGCCAUAGUUGGCGACCAUCGGUGCACACGGACCAGGCCGCCAGGGGAGGAUGGACGCAGCGCUCGUUACCGCGUUACCGUGUGUGUGUUUCAAGACAUAUGCGCCGCCUCCUUCGAAAGCCAUCGUGCAGCGUGCAAAGCCGCCGACGCUCCCUGCGAUACCCCAGGCCGAACUGCGUGUGGAAGUCAUUCUUUUUUCCCCUCUCUCCUUUCUCACAAAAAAAGACACUAACAAGUGCGUACAUGCGUUUCCAAUAGUGGACCGCUUUCAGCCAAGAGCCCUUAAAAGCGGCGGAUCGAAUGCACGCCGUUGUGUUUCUUUCUUUCUUUGUUGAUCUUUUCAUAUAUUAUAUCUCAAAUGGCCCUCAUUGAGGGGCACUGCGUACGGGGGAUGGGCUUAUUUCUAUAAGUCCACUCACUAUGUAGCUAGAACUUAGGUGGAUCACUUCGUGGCAAUUGAUCAAACGUGGUUAUGAGGUGAUGUCAUCAUAAUAUUAAGUCAAGCGGAAGCGAAAGAAAAUCAAGAAAUGAAAUUGUGUAGCCAAGUUCUGAUCAUCAACCAAGAGGUUUGGUUCCGUCAUCGUUUUACUACGUAUCCUAUUUGUGCCAGUCCGGCCAGAGAAACCCUGCAGUAAGCUGUUGAAUGCGCAGAAGAAAGGCGUGUUGUUAGACUUUUCAUCAUACUUGGCGCAGAAUGGGCGAGAUUGUUUGCGGUACACGCAGCUGUCAUCGACUUUCAUAACGAGGGAAAUCUGACAAAAACUGUGUGUCGACUUUCCCAGCUAGCCUUGUAGCUAUCGAAGUAUAAUGUGUCACGGAUUGCUGCGCAUUGGGAAGUAGCGCCUGCUGCUCGGAAAUGUAUUCAAGAACCAUCCAUAUACUUACUUGUUGCGCACUGCCAGAGAGUGUUGAAACUGUCAGUGCUGAAAACGUGGCGCAAACACGCCAUUGCUAGCACCAACCGGUGUUAGCAGGGACACGCAACUUCUAGAAGUGUUCGCUUCUUUUACAGCCCUGCGUUGUGGAUAUUGUCUCAUUAUCAUGGCCGUCUUGUAAGACCCUCGUAUCACGACUCGACCACGAGAAUUGAUUGUGCGUCUGCGCUAGGCUGCUUGUGGUUUCUGCGUGCUUGCAGGAAACGAACAAAUGACCUCUUUAGCCAGGUUCCUGAGUUUUCGCGUUAUUUAUAUGUACUCAGCCUUCAAACAAAUGUGCUGGCGCCCUGUCGGACACUGGAGAAGUCAGUUGUGCAUGGUUACCCGAGCGCCCGUAUAGGGGCUACACACGUAGGUUCAAUUAUGGAUGCCUAAUGACGCCUGUAAUCAACAACCUGCUGGGAUGAUCCUCGAUCGUCAGUUGAACUGAGGACUGCUAGUACGGCUGACUAUGUAGAAAUUUUCACGGCUAAACUCCACUUGCGUCACAACUUCUCCGGGUAAAGGAGGACAAUAAGUGCCAACGAUAUGUGUAUUAUAAGAGACUCGAUUUGGAGUGCGCUUCUGAAUGGCUUGACUAUAUUUUGUCUGCUUUUCUAGAGCGCACCUUGUCUUUGUCAGCUCCACAUCGAGGCAGGCGUAACUAUGAAGAAAAUAACAGACUGAAAAACUUAAAGGAAAGGGACCACUCAAUAUUCUAAGUGACAUGCAGUGAACAUGUACGACUGUUUUUUUGCGACCACUUGUGUCAGUCACUAUAUGGGGUUACCGACGCUCCGAGCUACUAGCGUAGUCACUAGUCCAAGAAGAUGUUAUUACAGGCACACUGUAAGAAGCAUUCAAUGCCUCUGUGCCUGCAGGGUAUAGUUUCGUCCAAGAGUUUUAACUGGUUACUUAUUGUGUUGAAUUUUAAUUUGUUGGUACAGUAAUUAUAACUUGAGACGCCUAUACCAGGAAUAUAUGUCUGCCAUGCUGCAGAGUUGUUGCUAUCGGUGUGCUUUGUGAGAUGAAAUAAAAUUUUUCUCGCCGUUUUUACAGAA